AUGGAGCUCGCAGUAGUUAAUGCCCACUUGGACGAGCACCACGCCGAGCUCAAUGCCAUCCAUGCCCUUGAAAUGCAGCUGGACGAGCAAGAGGAUCCUAUGAAGGUAGUGGGAGUGCCCAGUUAUGGGCUGAUCAGACCAGUGCAGAUACUAGAUUGGCCGUAUGGAGACAAAGUGCACCUCUCGCUCGUGCAGUUUCUUCUUGCAGUUGCUGUAGUAGGUGUUGGGGACACCCACGAUGAUGUUGAAUUGCUGUUCCGAUCAUUGGAACUCUUCAUUCUAGUCGAUGCUGGGCUGGUGGGCAUCUGGGUUGGGUUGGUCGGGGUGCUUCUCUCGGUGUUGGUCAUCACGGUUGUCACGUUCGUCACGCUGGCUGUUGUCACGGUCAUCGCGGUGGUGGUCGUCACGAUCGUCGCGGCAGCAGUUAUCGCGGUGGUGGUCAUCACAGUCGUCGCGGCGGCGGUCCUCGCGAUAGAGGUCGUCACGACCAUGGUCAUCGUGGUUGUCAUGGCAGCGAUCGUGGCCGUGACUGUGCUUGUGUACUUCCAAGAUAAGAUGGGCUGGAAGGUUGGCUUCAUGGUUCCGGCAGCCAUCAUGACGUCUGUCACGCUCCUUAACCUAGCAGUGUCACCAUUCUACGUGAAGGUGAAGCCUCAGACGAGCAUGUGGGCUGGCUUACUGAAAGUGGCUCUCGCGGCUGUGAACAACCGUGACCUUGAGCUGCCAGAGGCAAAUCAUCAUGGUGUCCAGUUCCACAGCUUACCAGGUUCAACACAGGUGGUCCCAUCAGAAAAAAUGAGGUUUCUGAACAAAGCUUGCUUGGUGAGGACCCGAGCAGGCAGCAGCACAAACAAUGAAGGAUCUGACAGCACGUGCCCACGGUGCACCUGCACAGUGGAGCAAGUAGAGAACCUCAAGUCUGCUCUGAGCGUCAUGCCCAUGUGGUCAGCCAUGGUGAUGUCCUUCCUGUUGCAGAGCUCCUCGUUCGGGGUACUGCAAGCAGCAACCACGGACCGUCGUAUCGGCACGACGAGGUUCCAGAUACCCGCAGGCUCCAUAUCAAUAUUCGAAAUCACGACCUUCACCGUGUGGUCAGGCUGCUACGACUCCUACGUACUCCCUCUGCUCAGGAGGGUCACGGGGCGGCAACGCGUGCUCACGCUAAAGCAGCGCAUGGGCAUUGGUUUGUUCCUGGCCGUCGUGUCCAUGGCAGUGGCAUCGGCAGUAGAGGCUCGAAGGAGGGAGGCGGCAACGAGGCAAGGGGCCCUGCGGAUGUCAGCCCUGUGGCUGGCGCCCCAGUACGUGCUCAUGGGGCUCGCGGGCGCGUUCGGCGCCAUCGCGCAGAUCGAGUUCUACUACGCGGUGCUUCCGAAGUCUAUGGGCAGCUUCGUGCUGGCGCUGCUCUUCUUCGGGGGUGGUGUCGCGAGCAUCAUGGGAACGGUGAUCAUUAAGCUCGUGAACGUGGUCACCGGCGGGGGCGGGGCGGUCCCGUGGAUCUCCGACGACCUGGACCGGGGUCGCUACGACUGCUACUACCGGUUGCUCGCAGUUCUUGGCGCCAUCGACUUCGUCUACUUCGUCGUUUGCGCUUACGUUUUCAAUGAGACGGCGCAGAACAUGUCACUGGAAGUUGAUGCUGACGAUGAAGCGGAAGAGGCGGUAGAGAGUACAGGCUAG